GGCAACGGUCAACUUAUUUUGGCCGGUAUGACUGUGAGUAGGCUUUGCACACUAUAAAACGCAAUGACACAUGGGUGUGUCAUAGUUCACCAACAUCAAGCCAGUCAAAAGAUAUUUUCUAGCUUUCUUCCUUCACACUUGACACAUUUCUCCAAUCUCUCAAUAUGGGUUCCAUGGACAAGGAAGUAGUGUCAGAACUUCCCCCGUUUUUCCGUAUUUACAAAGAUGGAUCGGUUGAACGAACAAGAGGCUCUCCGAUUGUGCCACCAUCGCCUGAAGACCCAGAAACUGGAGUCUCAUCCAAAGACAUAACUGUUUCUGAAAAACCUAAAAUCUCAGCUAGAGUCUAUCUUCCCAAACUCACCCAAGUCACCACCCAAAAACUCCCAGUCUUGGUGUAUUACCAUGGUGGAGCCUUCUGCAUCGAAUCUGCCUUCUCUUUAGUUGAAACUAAACUAAUGAACACGUUGGUUGCUGAAGCCAAAAUCGUUGCAAUAUCAAUAGAGUACCAGCUAGCUCCUGAAAAUCCUAUCCUUGGGAUUUAUGAAGAUUGCUGGACGGCUCUCCAAUGGGUUUGUUCCCAUUCUCCUGCUGAAGGUGGCAAUAAGGAGCCAUGGUUAUCAACUUAUGGAAACUUUGAAAAAGUUUUCAUCGGUGGUGAUAGUUCAGGAGGCAACAUUGCGCAUAAUAUACUCAUGCGAGCGGGCAAAGAAAGCCUGCCUGGUGGUGUAAAAAUUUAUGGAGGUCUUCUUACACACCCAUAUUUUUGGGGUUCCAAGCCAGUUGGGAGAGAGGUUACCGAAAACAGAGAGAAGAUUGUGUCUGAUCAAGUUUGGAGGUUUUUAUAUCCAACUGCACCUGGUGGUAUUGAUAAUCCGAUGAUGAAUUUCAAUACCCCCGAUGCGCCAAGCUUGGCUCAACUUGGGUGUUGUCGGUUGCUGGUGAGUGCUGCUGAACUGGAUGAGCUGUGGAGUAGAUGUGUUUUAUACUAUAACACAGUGAAGGAAAGUGGGUGGAAAGGAGAGGUAGAGUUUGUUGAUGUGGAGGGCGAGGAACAUGCCUUCCAUAUCUUGAAUUAUGAGUCUGAAAAUGCGAAGAAAAUGAUCAAACGCUUGGCUUCUUUUCUUAUCAAGUAGACUCAAUCAUCUUUUCCUUGACUUUCUACAAAUAAACAGGUUAAGGAUUUAGGGAUUUACAGUCCCACCUUGAGUUUCCCUUCUA